UUGUAAGUUUCGCGACGUUUUUUGCCAAAAAAUUUGGAGUUUUUUUUUCAAUAAUUUUUGUUUGGUUUUUCUUUAUAGAAAUGUAUAGUGUGUAUUUGCUGUGUCUUAUGUUUGUGUGUGAAGCUCUUUGUAUGUAUAGUUCGAAAGUUAUCGAAGGAUACCCUGCUGGGUAUUUGGCUGAUUGUCCAGGCACGCAGAUACCACCGUACAUAUCACCAACAGAUUUGAAACAGCUCACCAUAUCAGUGCAAGGAAAGGCGUCCAUACUUUGGCCAAAAACAAAGUACAAUUACUAUCAAAUGAAAGAAAUGGCUAAGGACCCGUGGAUAGACUGGAGGAAGCCUACCAUGAUGUAUGUUGGAGGGUUCAUGGACCAUCCACAAUAUCCCUUUGCCCUAUCCAUCGGGGUUGUGUACAAGAAAUUGGGGUACAAUGUAUUCCUACUGGAUACAAACCCGUUUACUACUUUUGCGUAUGCCGUAGCUGCAAAUAACGUUCGAACAAUAGGAAAACACGUCGCAGAAAUGCUCGUCACCCUAACAAAAUAUGGUCUCGAUCCCAAAAAACUAGAACUUGUCGGUCUUAGUCUAGGAGGACACACCAUGAGUUUCAUAGCUAAGCACUAUAAACAGCAGACAGGAACAAAAAUAUCUAGACUAACAGGCUUAGACCCAUCUGGUCCUUGUUUCCGGAACUUAGGACCAGAUGAUAGAUUGGACGAAAGUGAUGCGGACUUCGUAGAUGUGAUUGACACGAAUAUUGAUGGAUAUGGAAUGGCGGCUCCAGUCGGCCACGUUAAUUUCUACGUCAAUGGUGGAGAGUUUCAACCUGGAGAUAUUUUUUGGGCACCUUGUGACGUCAUCUGUAGUCACAUACGGGCUUUUACAAUUUGGAUUGCAGCGCUGUUAAACCCUAAUAGUUUCAUCGCUAUGAAAUGUAACACAGUUCAGGAAGCAAGAAAUAAAGAUUGCUAUGAUAAAAAUCCUCCUGUGACUAAUAUUGUUGGGUUGAAUACUGAUAAAAAUGUUCAUGGGAUUUUCUAUUUGGCUACGUCUAAUAAUUUUCCUUAUUUCAUGGGCUUGAAGGGUUUGAAGAAGGAAUUCGAAUUCUUUGAUUCGAAAUUGAAUUUGAGUAAGAGGACCAGUUUGUCUUAUUUUUAGUUGUUUUUUUUUAAUGAAUGUUUAAUAACUAUUACUUCGAAACUAUUGUGAAUUUCGAAUACUAAUGCCAUCUGUUAUUUAUUUCUGGAACCUCGAAGCUUUGUUCAGACCUAGAGCACAUUAGAAUUAUUACAGUGCACUUCAUGUUUCAUUUUAAGGUUUAGAUUAUUGAGUUAGUAUGCUUAAGAAAUUACAGGAAAUGUACCUAACUACCUAUUUAAUUAAGAAAAUGUUUUUAUUAAAAUAUUACAAAGCA